AUGAUUCCAGCAACGCCCCUCCCAGCCGACGUCGCUGUAGCGCCCAAGUUCGCGGCCUUCGAUGUCGUAGACAUCAAUUACAAGGAAGUCAAUGGUGUUCAGAUCCCCGCAUCUGUUCUGGUACCAAAGAACAUCAAGCCAGGCAAGCAUCCGCUGCUGGUACGGUGGCAUGGAGGUUGUCUUAUAGCUGGACACAGGAUGUAUCCUGACUGGUUCCCAACCUGGAUCAUCGACCUCGCCGCUUCCCGCGACGCCAUCAUCAUCACCCCCGACUACCGCCUGAUGCCCGAAAUCACCGGCCUCGAAAUCCUCGACGACGUCCGGGACUUCUACACCUGGCUCUUCCAACCCCAAGCCCUGGCCUCCUACCUCCCAGAAGGCGUCUCAGUCGACACAACCAACAUCCUCGUCACCGGAGAAUCAGCUGGCGGCUGGCUAGCCCUCCAAUCCGCUCUCCUCCCCACCUCCGCCCCGAAAGUCGCGGCGGUGAUCGCACAAUACCCCAUGAUCGACAUGCGGGACCGCUGGUAUACUGAAGACUACGAGAAGCAGAUCUUCUCGCCUCCUGCUCCGCAACUCGACCGGGCCGUGUUACAGGAGUACCUCAAGACCAUGGAGAAGGGCAAGACGAUCACGUCCGCUGUGCCGCCGGAGCGGACACAGCUGGUUCUUUCGUCGCUGCAGCAGGGUAUGUAUGGGAGUUGGCUCGGGGAGGAUAGGAAGUUGUAUCCGAUCGAAGCGCUUGAGGGGGUGGAGCGGCUGCCGCCAGUGUGGGUGUUGCAUGGGAAGGGGGAUACGAUUAUUCCGGCGGAAGGGAGUUAUAGGUUCGAGAAGGCUGUGAGGGAGCAGGUGAAGGGGGUGGAGCUGCAUGUGACGUAUGUGGAGGGUGAUCAUGGGUUCGAUGGUGCGGAAGGGAUCGGGUUGGAGACGGACUGGGUGAGGGAGGGGGUGGAGUUCGUUGGGAGGUACUGGCCUCAGCAGUGA